AUGAUAUAUGAUAUUUUUCAAGAUGACAUCUAUCUUUACAUUUCUUGGACCGGAAAUGAGAACCUAGUAGACGACAUUUACUCUGCUAGAGCUGAUGUAAAAGACUGUCGAGUUGAUGUUCUGGAAGGGCUAAUCAAGGAAGGCUAUGAUUGGAGUACACAUGUAUGGGAAGUAGUUAAACGAGUGGAAACGUCCAUACAUGAGGAAGAAGAGGAGGCAGAUGUGGAGAUGGAAAAUGGAGAUGGUGAGGAGACAAAUUCCAUACAUUCAGGUUCUACUAGAGGUAAAAAGAAGGCUAUUGAUCAUGGAUUCGAGAAACGGAAGCAGAAACUGCUUUUUGAGCGCUCAAACCCACCACAACUUAUUGUGAAUGAUGACUUGAAGAAAUUCCUUCAAAGUGUGAUUGCAGCAUCUGUCACUGCAUUGGGGGAGAAGCUGAAGCAGAAAAUUCAGUCGAGGCUUGAUGCUUUGGAGUGUGAAAUUAGACAACAACUUACGAAUGAUAUCAACCCUGCCCAAGGAAAAGGAUUAUCACAAGAGUCCAACGUUACUGAUUUUGACACAACACCUCUUUCAAAGGCCCAAAAACCAAAUCCUUGGUGGACUCCUUCUACUUCAUUUCAAGCUAGCAGAGUUGAAAUUCCUAAACAUACAAGUUCUUUUGGUGAGAACUGGGGAACAAAACAUGGAAGAGAGCUAAAAUUGACGGAUGAUCCAUCAGACCCGAAUAAAUUUGCUGAUUCCCCAUUGACAUUUGUGUCUGACGAGAUCUGGAACCAAUUCAGCGACCGGUCUAUGAAACCUAUGUAA